AUGGCCCUGCGGCUCCUGCUCCAUCUCGCCUUCCUCGGGCUGGGAACCACUCAGCCUUUGGCUCAUCAGCAGGGCUUUAGCGCACCAGCGUUUGACUGGCCAUCCUUCUCCAACCUCAACUCGCCCCAGGAGGUUCCGGAUCCCAUCCAGAUUCCGAGCAACGGAAGCAAGCCCCUGGUGGUGGAUGUGCAUGUGUUCGUGUCCAACGUGUUUAACGUGGACAUCCUCCGGUACACAGUGUCCUCCACGUUGCUGCUUCGGCUGUCCUGGCUGGACACACGCCUGGCCUUGAACUCAACUGGGCACCAGCAGAACACAGUCACGCUGCCCUGGGACGUGCUCUGGAUGCCGAGACUCACUGUUCGGGAGGCCCUCUGGGUGAACUGGCAGGACAAGAACCCGCAGGCCCGAGUAGACAGGGACGGCCGCAUCGAGAUCCACCUGGCCCUCACCACGGAGACCAACUGCGACUUUGAGCUCUUCCACUUCCCCAGGGACCAGAGCGACUGCCACCUCAGCUUCUUCGCUUUCAGCAGCACUGUGACGGAGCUGGAGUUCCAAGUCCACGCGGUGAACGAGAUUGUGAGUGUCAAGAGGGAGUUCAUGGUUCAGGAUCUGAAAAUCCAAAUCCCAUCCCAGCAGCUGGUACCCUGCUUCCAGGUGACGUUGCGCCUGCAGAACACAGCGCUAAAGGCCAUCUUAACGCUCCUGGUCCCCGGGGAGGCGCUGCUGUUGGCUGACCUGUGUGGGGGGCUGCUGCCCCUCCAGACUGAGCGCAUCGCCUACAAGGUGACCCUGCUUCUGAGCUACCUUGUCUUCCACUCCUCCAUGAUGCAGGCCCUGCCCAGCUCCUCCUCCUGCAACCCGCUGCUAGUUUACUACUUCACCGUCCUGCUGCUGCUGCUCUUUGUCAGCACCACCGAGACUGUGCUAUUGGCCGGGCUCCUAGCCCGGGGCAACCUCAGGGCAGAGGACAGCUGCAAUCCAGUGCUGAAUGGGGAGCAGCAAGACCAUGGGAAGCCAGGGCCUAACCCUGAAGAAGCCCCCGGAGCAGGGAAGGGGUCCAGGAGGAGCUGGGCUGAGGCUGCUGACCACAUCUUCUUCCAGGUGUAUGUGGUGGGGGUGGCGUGUAGCCAGUUCAUCUUCAUUGUGCUCUGGAUGUGGGCGACGUGCAAGUCCGACCCAGCCCCUGGAGCGGCUGCACCCCAUGGCGGGCAGCCCAGGCUGUAACAGGCAGGGCCCGGGGCUGCAGACGUGGGGGGCGAGGGCUGUGACGGGGCCUCUGGAGGGGGAGGGAAGUGGACUCUCUCCCCUCAGCCUGGAGGACCCCAGGCCACCCCGACCUCUCCUUCCUGUUAGCACAUAAGCAAGGAGUGUGGAAUAAACACAUCAGCCCAGGGCAAGGGCGCCUCUGGAGUCUGGCUUCAUUGCACUCAGCUGUUCACUCUUGUUGGAGUAGGUGGGGCCCCAUCUCACGUCCCCGAGCCCUGCUCUGCUCCAGACCGUCUCACCACUGUCUGCUGGUCACCCCGUCCCCACACACCACCUAACUGCUCCUGCAACCGCUGCUGCUUGGCCCCGGGCCAGGAGCACUGGAGCCCCAGAGACAGGCCCGGGACGGUCAGGACCCCUUCUGUGAAUUCUGGCCAAGUGCUCAGAGGGCAGGGAGAGCACUUCUACUCCAGACACCGGGACUCACCUCGGGGGCAGAACCCCCCAGGCGGCAGGACUGUGGGGAUGGGGCAGGCAUUUUCUGCGCUGAGUCUGAGAGCAGGUCAACCCCCUUGCUUUUCUGCAGGGCCUGGGGCUGUGGUGUGGCCUGCUCCUCUGAGCCCGACCCUCAGGCCUGGGCUGAAGGGCGUUCUCCACCCCAGUCCCGAGCUGGCCCGAGGCAGGGCUACUCAGCAGCCCUCCUCCUCCCGUCCCAUGAGGCAGCUGUGGGCACAGACCUCCGUCUCCCUUCUCUGUCCUUCUCUUCUUGAAGCCAUCCCAUGGCUGCUGCAGGCUGUGGUCAGGGUCAUGAACCCCAAGGUGUGGAGGAACCCCAAAGUCCUGGGAGAGCGCUGCCUGGGUAGGGAAUGGGGGCUGCGAGAGGAAGGGCAGACCAGGACUUGGGGGCGGGGCCCCUGGCCGGGUGGCAGAGAAAGGCCCCUGUCGCAAAGGACGCCACACUCACCCGGCCCAGA